AUGGCAAGGAUCACGUUCAUAUUGUGUCAUCUGGUUCUCCUCACGGGACAUUUCCUUCUGGUUUGCGCUCAAGUCAAAGAUUCCAGUCAGAGACAACAUUCCCACGACGCGCCCUCGGGACCGGCGUCUCCCACUUUUAAACCUGGAGGCAGCAAGGACAGUUUCAUGAAUUACAAUGUCUCCAUUCCGCGGCGGCCCAGAAUCUUGCCACCUAUGUGCACAGGACCUACAGAAAUCAGGGACACUUUCAAAUACAUCAAUACAGUGGUGUCUUGUCUCGUGUUUGUGGUUGGAAUUAUCGGUAACUCUACGUUGCUUAGAAUCAUCUAUAAAAAUAAAUGCAUGAGGAACGGCCCUAAUAUCCUAAUCGCGAGCCUGGCAUUGGGCGACCUGUUGCAUAUCGUCAUAGACAUUCCUAUUAACGUGUAUAAGCUCUUAGCUGAGGACUGGCCAUUCGGCGUUGGAAUAUGCAAACUGGUCCCCUUUGUACAGAAGGCAUCUGUUGGAAUCACAGUGUUGAGUUUAUGCGCGUUAAGCAUUGACAGGUACCGAGCGGUAGCUUCUUGGAACCGCAUCAAAGGCAUCGGCGUGCCCAAGUGGACAGCCAUCGAGAUUACUCUGAUAUGGGUCAUCUCCAUUUUACUGGCAGUUCCCGAGGCCGUCGGCUUUGGUAUCUUUCCAAUGGAGUACAAAGGGGAACACCUGCGCAUCUGCUUGUUGCUGCCCAAGCAGGAGAGCAAAGCCAUGCAAUUUUACAAAUCGGCCAAAGACUGGUGGCUUUUCAGUUUUUAUUUCUGUAUGCCACUGGCCUGCACUGCCGUAUUUUACACACUCAUGACCUGUGAGAUGCUGCGAAAGAAGAACGGGAUGCAGAUUGCUCUUAGCGACCACCUGAAACAGAGGCGAGAAGUGGCCAAGACUGUGUUCUGUCUGGUACUGGUUUUUGCCUUGUGCUGGCUGCCUCUGCAUCUCAGUCGGAUUCUCAAACUAACCAUAUACGAUGAGAGGGAUCCUAACCGCUGUGAACUUCUGAGUUUCUUCCUGGUCCUUGACUACAUUGGGAUCAACAUGGCUUCAGUGAACUCAUGUAUCAAUCCAAUUGCCCUCUACAUGGUCAGCAAACGUUUCAAAAGCUGCUUCAGGUCUUGUCUGUGUUGCUGGUGCCUGCCCCCCGAGAUGUUGGCCAUGGAUGAAAAACAGUCCUGCAUGAAGCUUCGGGUUACGGAGAGAGUCUCUGAGCAAAGCUCUCGUGCUACAAACAAGUACACGUCCACCUAA